AUUACACACGUGGGUUAAGUAUAAAAUUUGAUUUAAUUUUUCUAAGUUAAAUAAAAUGACUAAAACUCGAGCAGCAGAAGUUUUAUCUUUGGAAAAAUCAAAACAAAAAGAAGUUGUCAAAGAAACAAAACAAAUUAAAAAGAAAAUAAAGGAUGGAACUAUCACAGUUAAAGGUACAAAGAAAGCUCUAAUUUCUGACCAAGAAAAAAAAAGAGGUCUUAUAUUUAUAUCCCACUUGCCCCAUGGUUUCUAUGAAGAUGAACUUAAGAAAUACUUCACACAAUUUGGAAAAGUUAGCAAUGUUAUAGUUUGUAGGUCUGGCAAGACAGGGAACAGCAAAGGGUAUGGCUAUGUUGAGUUUUUGAACCCAGAAGUAGCCAAGAUUGCUGCAGAAACUAUGAACAACUAUUUAAUGUUUAAAAAAAGGAUAACAGCUAAUUUUGUGGCACCUGAAAAGCGACCAAAGGGAUUAUUUAUGGGCAGACCUAACACAAUUACGAGGUAUUCCACGAAAGUUAGGAGGGAAAAACAAUAUCAGGUUAAUAUAAAGUUGAACCCCAAAAAUCAUGCUAAAAGAACAGCAAAUAGACUGACAAAAAUAAAUAAAAAACUGGAGUGGCUUAAAAAUGCUGGAGUAGAAACUUCAUUUACACCUGCAAAUCUAGAAAUUACACAGGAAAACAGUGUGCCUAGGGUCAGUAAUACACAUGAAGAACUUGAAUUUGAUUCAGAUAUAGAGCUCAAGAUACCAGUUAAAAAAUCUAAAAGUGCAGUUACUACUAGUAAAAAUUCGCCAAAAGUACUUUCCAGUAAAGCUAGUAAAUCAAAUAAAAAAUUAAACAAGUCUGUAUUGUCAGAGUCUGAAAAAACUCCAUUAAUUAAAAAAAAAUUAAGUAAACCCAGCAAAACUAAUACAAAAGAAGGAGAUAGUCCACCUGCGGAUAAGAUGAAAAAGAAGAAUAAAUUAUCUAAAGGUAUCACCAAAAAAUCUAAAAAGCCUGAACCAAUUAACACACAAACUGUAAAGAAGAUUGCAAGAGAAUUGAUCAAGAAACGUGGAAGCUCAUUAUUGGGUCUACCUGUAGAAGUGUCUAAUUCUAAAACUAUAAAGAAAAAGCUAUCAAAAAAAUGAUUGUAGGUAAUUAGGAUUUUGUUUUGCAGUCUUAAAAAUAUAUUUUAUGGAAAUA